UAGAUUAAUUGAACACUUUGGCGACAAUGAACCUAAAAAAGUUAAAACAAUUGUUUCUUUUUACCUAAAUUGGCAUGCUGAUAUGGUUGAAAAAUAUAAAAUAGACAAGGUAAAAGACAUGUUAGAAGAAAACGUGAUAACAAAACUUAAAAAAAUAACAAAUCAAACAAAUGAAGUUACAAAAAAGAAGAUAAACUUUAUAAAAGAACCGCUAGGCAACCUAAAAGAAGAACUUGAAAGUAUAAUUAUAGAAUAUGAAAUAGGUCAAAUGGAGGAUCAAAUAAGUGAAAUAAAUGAAGCACUGAAGUAUCAGAAGAAACAAGUAGAACUAUUAAAAAAUUGGAUUAAAGAAGUAGAAGAAAAAGCCAAAGAAAUUGAAAUAAUGAAUAAAAAAUCAGAAGAAAACUGGAACAAAAUUUGUAAAGCACUAGAGGAUACAAUUAAAGAACUAGAGAAGCUAUUAAAUAAAGAUAAAAUAGAAAGUGUCGCAUAG